AUGAAUAAAUUUCAAAGAGACAACUGGAGGAAGUACUCCCUUAAGUUUACAGUAAAGGAUGGUGAGCUGUUUUACUGGCGUGGCAUGACUGUGAUGAUUGACAAUUGGAUUGCUGAGUGUGACCAAUGUCAACGUGAGGGAAAGACUCUGGGUACAGUUGCACCACUCCAAACAAUAAAGGUGUCUGCUGUUUGGGAGCUGCUGGGGAUUGACCUAACUGGGCCCUUCCCCAAAACUACUGAUGGCUAUCAGCAUGGGUGCCCGAAACGGAUCCUGUCUGAUCAAGGGCGGGAUUUUGUAAAUGAGCUCAAUGAUUCUCUGUGCUCUCUGCUGGGCAUUGAGAGAAGCGUCACCGCUGCGUACCACCCACAGACUAAUGGGUUGGACGAAAAGACCAACCACAACAUCAAGAGGCAAGAAAGAUAUGUAUAA